AAGAUUUCAUGGCGAUGAGUUCGUGUUAUUAAAAGUAAUAAUUUGAUAACAAAAGAUGCCAUAACAAAGCCCAAGGCAACAUUAAGAUUAAUUUAUCUUUUAAGUCAUUAGAAAGAUGGUUAAUCUUCCACUGUAGUGCAUUCGAUUAAAGCUGUGAAUUUAUAAUAAUAGAUAAUUAGCGCUGAAGUUGAAGUAAUCAAAAGCCAAAAUGUCGAGUGGAUUAGCGAGAUCGUCUCAAACUCGUAAGGAUACUAAAAUGCGUAUACGAGCAUUUCCUAUGACUAUGGAUGAAAAAUAUGUAAACAAUAUUUGGGCUCUAUUAAAAAAUGCUAUUCAAGAAAUCCAGAAGAAAAACAACAGUGGUUUGAGUUUUGAGGAGUUAUAUAGAAAUGCUUAUACCAUGGUUUUACAUAAACAUGGAGAAAAGCUGUACACAGGUCUUAGAGAGGUCGUUACUGAUCAUCUUAUUAAUAAGGUUCGAGAUGACGUACUUGCUGCUCUAAAUAAUAACUUUCUUCAAACAUUAAACAAUGCAUGGAACGAUCAUCAAACGUCAAUGGUGAUGAUCCGUGAUAUAUUAAUGUACAUGGAUCGUGUGUAUGUACAACAGAAUAGUGUAGACAAUGUAUAUAAUUUGGGUUUGAUCAUAUUCCGAGAUCAAGUAGUACGUAAUCCUAUCAUCCGAGAUCAUUUAAGGACUACUUUAUUAGAAAUGGUGGCAAAAGAAAGAAGAGGAGAAGUUGUAGAUAGGGGUGCUGUGAAGAAUGCCUGUCAAAUGUUAAUGGUAUUAGGUAUAGACUCUAGAAGUGUGUAUGAAGAAGAUUUUGAACGUCCUUUCUUAGAACAGUCAGCAGAAUUCUAUAGAAUGGAGAGUCAGAAGUUUUUAGGAGAGAAUUCUGCAUCUGUUUAUAUAAAGAAGGUUGAAGCUAGAAUAAACGAAGAAGCUGAGAGAGCCAGUCAUUAUUUAGAUAAAACUACAGAAGAACCCAUUGUUAAGGUUUUAGAAGAAGAAUUAAUAAGUAAACAUAUGAAGACAAUUGUUGAGAUGGAGAAUUCAGGAGUUGUACAUAUGUUGGAAAAUAACAAAACUGAUGAUUUAGCAUGUAUGUAUAAAUUAUUUGUUCGUGUAACGAAGGGGUUAAAGACGAUGUGUGAUUGUAUUAGUAAAUAUUUACGUGAACAAGGUAAAGCUUUAGUUAUAGAAGAAGGAGAAGAAGCUAAAAAUGCCAUCACAUAUAUUCAGAGUUUAUUGGAUUUAAAAGAUAGAUUUGGUCAUUUUCUACAUGAAUCUUUUAGUGAUGAUAAAUUAUUUAAACAGAUGAUAUCAGGGGACUUCGAGUAUUUUAUCAAUUUAAACGGCAAAUCACCUGAAUAUUUAUCAUUAUUUAUAGAUGAUAAACUUAAAAAAGGAGUUAAAGGGAUGACGGAACAAGAGAUAGAAAAUGUAUUAGAUAAAAGUAUGGUAUUAUUUCGAUAUCUACAAGAAAAAGAUGUCUUUGAACGUUACUAUAAACAUCAUUUAGCUAGAAGAUUACUAUUAAAUAAAAGUGUUUCCGAUGAUUCAGAGAAAAAUAUGAUCUCCAAACUGAAGACCGAGUGUGGUUGUCAGUUUACGUCAAAGUUAGAAGGAAUGUUUAAAGAUAUGACUGUAUCUAAUACUAUAAAUGAUGAAUUUAAAUCAUUUGUACAACAAGCACAGGUUAAUUUAAGUGGUGUCGAUUUAACAGUGAGAGUUUUAACAACUGGAUUCUGGCCAACUCAAUCUGCUACACCAAGAUGCUCCAUACCAACUGCUGCUCAGACAGCUUUUGAAGCUUUCCGAAGAUUUUAUUUGGCGAAACACAGCGGUCGUCAGCUGACUUUACAGCCUCAACUUGGUUCAGCCGAUCUUCAUGCUACCUUUUAUGGCCCUAAAAAAGAUGAUGGAGAAAGUAGCGGGGCCAGUGCCAAGAAUCCACGUAAACAUAUAUUACAAGUUUCUACUUAUCAGAUGUGUAUAUUGAUGUUAUUUAAUAAUAGUAGAGAAAAAUGGACAUAUGAGGUAAAUACAUUUCUACUUGUUUUUAAUUUAGAUGGAUUUAUUACCAGUUGA